GACAGUCAGGAAACGUCGGAUCAUCAGUGGACAUACAGUGAGAUCAGGACUUUGGAGGAAGAGCCAAACGCAGAACAACUUUCUCCAGAGCACAUGUGUAAAGCGAUGUUACAACGGACCGGCCCCCAGCUGCUUCUCCUAAUAGCCCUAUGCAGUGUGUUGUACUCCCGGACUCUGAGUCUGCCAUACGCAUCCAUGAGACCGACGAGACACGCAGACGGUCUGUUCACCAGCGGAUACAGCAAGCUCCUGGGGCAGCUCUCAGCGCGGAGGUACCUGGAGUCUCUGAUCGGGAAGCGGGUCAGUGACGAGCUGAUGGAGGAGCCAGUCAAGCGUCACUCAGACGCCAUCUUUACAGACAACUACAGCCGCUUCCGCAAACAGAUGGCCGUCAAGAAAUAUCUGAACUCAGUCUUAACGGGGAAGAGAAGCCUGGAGGACCCUGGAGCCAGCGUCGUGGAAGAGUCCAGGGACGAACCCAGCACCUUCCAGGAGAGCUACGACGACAUCAAUGUAGAUCACCUCCUAAACAACUUUCAACUGCCACUUUGAGGAGGGGCCUGCGUUGAAUACCUCAGCUCAUCCUCAUGAAACCGCCCAUUCCAAAAAAACAGCACCGUGUUAAUCCAAAGGACAGUCAAAGUCAAAUGAACCAACGAUGAUGUGUUUCUCUAUCUAUCCAUCCACACCGUACAUGUUUACACUGUAUAUACACAGUAUAUAUAUAUACACACAAUACUAAUCACUCAAGAUUUAUGGCUCAGUGAGUUUUUUUGGGAGGUUGAACCGAGCAACGUGUGUGUCCACGAACAGUUUGGUCAAUCAGCGUUAGAAGAUGGCGUCCGGAGACAGUUAACAUGAGCAGCAGGACCAGAAUUUACUUUAUUUCUCAGAUCAACGUUGUUCCAUUGACUUUCAAUGGAAACAUUUUUGCCCUGAUGGAUUUUGUAAGGAGUCACCAUCCUGUUAAAACAGAGGGGGAAAUCUGUCCAGUUAUUUGAAUGUCAGUAGAGCAGCGCUUAGUUCUGAUUAUUGGUUUUCAGUUGAUCUAUUGUUACCUUUCGUUUUAUGCUCGACCAACAUUUGUUUAUUUAUUAACAAUAUUUAUUUGAUAUGAAUUCUCGUGCAUAAAAGUUCCAUUAACUUUCAAUGGAGGACGACAUGUCCAGUUCCUCCUUGAUGGGACGCUGGCACCAUGAGCUUUCAAAAUGACUUAUCGACUCCAACUGGAGCACAGCCCCAUAACUUUAAAUAGAAAUAUAGUUACAUAAAACAUGAAUGUAAUAUUUGUCACUUUUUGUUUCAAGAUUAUUGUUGCACUAUAAACCUUUAAUGGAAAUAUUUCCUGAGAGUAAUUUUGAUGGAAUAAAUGUUCCAAUAAACUUGAGUGAAAUUUGUUCGACCUGUUGAAGUUUAAUUUGUAAUGAAACUUCUGUCUUAUUGAUUCUCAGCAUCCUUGUCAGUAUUUAGGAUACUCUGUUUUAUUGGAAUAGCUGCUCUGCAACCGAUUGUAUCACUGACUGAAACGGAUCCCCGGCCCAAUUUACUCUUAAUAUGAUAGUAACACUUUUUUAUUAUCCAUUGACCUUCAAUGGAGCAGUAAAAAUAUUUUUGGGUAAAAUUUAACCGAUUGAUAUUUGACCUGUUGAACAUCAAUGGAACAUUAUUUUUUUUAAUUAUUUCAUCUAUUUUCAGGAGACCAAUCGAAACACUUGUCCAAUCAAAUUUAAAUAGAACAUCUGUGUGAUUGGGUUCGGAUCAAUUUUCUGUCAACUAAUUGUUUGGUUAACUUUCAAUACAGCAUCAUUACUUUUCAGUCAAAUUUCAAACUUAUAUCCAUCUACAUAUACAGUAAUAACAACGGAGAACUUGAUUCAUUGGGCUGUUAAAAAAAAUGUUUAAAAUGUAAUGUACUAUGACACACAGGGCAAUUAAAUGGGACAUCUGUCAUGUUAAAUGUUCCAUUAAUUUUCAAUGGUGCGAUCAUGAUCUAAAUGCUGAGUUGGUUGUGUUAGAGGAUCCAAACGUGGUUAUUUGUUUUUCAAAAACAGACACAGAAGGAAGGAGGACACAUUUUCAAUGCAUAUAAUCACUUUAUACUAUCCACUAUGUAGAGCAAAGAAGUUAUAACUGUGCAUAGACCUGCCUGUAGCGCAUAUAGUGAUGUACACCACUCACCAA